AUGACAGACACUUCGUCUGGAUAUCAGGAAGUACCAUCUGUUUGUGUUAUGGAAGAUUAUUUACGAAGAUCAUUCAAAGCAACCGAUGAUGAAUUAAAUUAUCUGAAACGUAUAAUAGAUCUGAGAUCAAAAAAACGUCAACCAUUCACAUCCGAACAAAUUGGUUAUAGUUAUCCAUCGGUUGUUAUCGAUAAUUUUCUUUAUCAUGGCAAUUUAGGUCAUGCCUCUAAUAUAGGUUUACUCGAUCAACUUGGCAUUCGACACAUUGUUAAUGUAUGUGAUUGUCGAUUAGAUAAAACGAUUGUUGAAAAAUAUAAUGUUUUAUGGAUUAAUUUAUAUGAUGAACUUCAAACUGAUAUAAAGAAAUAUUUUUAUGCUACGAAUGAAUUUUUAUGGGAUUGUAAACGAAAAAAUGAGAAAGUGUUAGUUCACUGUCAAAUGGGAAUAUCUCGUUCAUCGACGAUCGUCCUUGCUUAUUUAAUGAAAUAUCAUCAUGAUUCACUAUUUAAAUCGUACGAUUAUUUACUGGAACGACGUCGUAUGGCUACGCCAAAUAUGUCUUUUUUUCUACAAUUAAUUCGUUAUGAAAACGAAUUACGUGCAAUUAAAGAAAUCGAUGAAACAAAAAAUAAUGACGAUAAACAAAAUCCAAUUCAAAAUAUAGAUCCAUCAAUAGAAAAUUCUCAUUAUCAAAAGCAACAAUAA